GGGAAGAAGGUCGGAGCGCUUCCUUUCGCACGGUGAGGAAGUGUGGAGGAGGCUCGGAGCUCCCACAACGCGGUGUGAAAAGUCGACCAUGGCGCCAAGUUCACAUGCAGACGAUGUCGUCUCUGGUGUCCGUAAAGGGAUUCGAGCCAUCCUCCUUGGGCCGCCCGGCGCGGGGAAAGGGACUCAGGCACCCAAACUGGCAGAGAAGUUCUGCGUCUGUCAUCUGGCCACUGGGGACAUGCUGAGAGCGAUGGUUGCAUCUGGCUCUGAAUUAGGCAAAAGAUUAAAACAGACAAUGGAUGCUGGCAAACUGGUGAGUGAUGAGAUGGUUGUCGAGCUUAUCGAGAAGAACCUGGAUACUCCUGCCUGCAAGCAAGGCUUUCUGUUGGACGGUUUUCCUCGUACAGUCAAACAAGCAGAAAUGUUGGAUGAUCUGCUUGAGAAGCGCACAGAAAAGCUGGAUUCUGUAAUCGAGUUCUCUGUAGAUGACUCUCUCCUCGUGCGCAGGAUCUGUGGCAGACUUGUUCAUCAGCCCAGUGGCCGCUCGUACCAUGAGGAGUUUAAUCCGCCUAAGGAGCCUAUGAAGGAUGAUGUGACUGGCGAGCCCCUCAUUCGUCGUAGCGAUGAUAAUGAGAAGACACUGCGCUCAAGGCUAGAGGCCUAUCACAAGCAGACGGCCCCCCUGGUGCAGUACUAUGGCGCACGCGGUAUCCACCAUGCCAUCGACGCUGCUCAGUCACCCGAUGUGGUUUUUGCCUCCAUCCUUGCUGCCUUCUCAGCCGCCACCUGUAAAGACCUUGUGUUAUUUAUCUAAACAUUUCCUCCAUCUCUCUUCUCCUUUGUUUUCCUUAGUGUCUGUCUCUUUCAAGGAAAGGUUUGGGUUCUGCCCUUGAUGAAAAUGCUGCACUCGAGUGUGUGAGUUUGCCAGCUUAGGGUUGUCUGGAAGAAUGUUGUCGAGUUGUCACAACUGUGCUUAUGAAAGCAUGACCGCUUUGACAACUAUUUGUUUUUACUAGAGUUACUCACUAUGGCACACAUGAAGGACCUGAUGGUAGUGUGUUCAUACAUGCGCUACAUGUCUUGUUGCAAAGUGAAAACAAAAUGGGCUUUCUCCAUUAGUGUCCAAGCAACCAGCAUCAAGUUUAUAGAAAAUAGGCUGUUUUUUUAGUCACUAAUCUUUCUGAUCGUCAGUGCUGCAUGACAAUCACUCAAUUUGUCACUACAAUUUCCCAAAUUCGGAUUGAGUUUUAACCCUUUGUAUGCCAAUUAUUUUUUAUUUAAUUGCCCUUAAACAGCUGUGAUAUUUCUAGUUGUGCUUUGUUCUUCCUUGUAAUUCCACUCAUGUCCACCACGUGGCACAUGUAUUUAAUUUUUUUUUGUCUGCUGCAUCCUGAAUUGGAAAUAAAGUAUUUUACUAAUACUCGCUUUCCCCUUUUACACCCAUUUGCUGAAAUGAAUAUUUAAUUUACUUAAGAAAUUUUUUUUUGUUCCCCUUUUUUCAGCUGUCUGAAACCUGCCUCCUACAUCCAGUCUGAGCCUGAUGAGACAAAGGGGGGAGUGUCUAUAACAUAAAUUUAUUCACGGUUGUGAUACUAUGCUUUAUUUUGUAUAGUUGACCAACAUUAAAAUGGACAGUGCAAUGACCCGCACCAUGUUUCACUUGAAAUAAAAGGUGAUAUUGUA